AUGAACUGGCUUUGGAACAUCAGGCGCACGGACCCACUGCCAGGCCCUCCGAAGUGGGUCCCCAUUUUGGGCCAGCUGCAGAAGACCCUCCAGCAGGCCGAGUACCUGCCCCUCCACCCGCUGCCCAUGUUCGAGAGUAACUUUGUCCAGGUGACCAGCCGAGGCGCCCCAGUAUACGUGCACCACAAAACCAACCGUCUGACCAUGGGUGUGGCCGCCUCCCUGCCUGAGCCGGUGCUGCCGGACCUUCUGCUCGUAGCGCGGCCCUCUGAGAGGAGGGACUGCUCCAACCUGGUCCUCACCAGGAUGAUCCCUCUGAACCUGGUCCACCUCUACGUCCACAACCUGUCCACCUGGUGCCUGAAGCUUCGCUUGGUCACAGGCCGCAACUACUACCUGGAACUGGAUGCCCCUGACAGGGAGAUUGCGUUUCUGUUUGACCGCUGGGUCAGUCUCAUCAACCUGCUCCAAGAGCCGGCCACCCACUGGGCCCCCAGGACCCUGAACACACCCCUCUUGGACCUGGCCCAGGUGGCACCUCCUGCCUCCACCUGGCACCUCCAGGACCAGCCCCGCACCAGACGCCCAGUUAUGAUUGCUGAUCGCACCUUUCCUUACAAGAUGCUGACAUCUCAGAAACAGAGGAAGGCCAAGACUCCGAAGGCCAGAUUCAAGUCCCAGGCUAUGGGCAACUCCUUGCCUCUCAUCUUGUCGAAGCUGGAGCAUCCUGACACUCGGAAGAGAGCCACAGAAAAAAAAUCCCACCCAGAUCCCUGCCUUCGCAGCUCUCAGACCAAAAUCUCCGUUUCUGGGAAGCCCAGCAUCACCAUCCGGACCAUCUUCAGCAUCUUUUCCAGCACCAUCAGCCAAGAUCUGUCUACUCCCAAGCAACAGGAUCUGGGAGCCCUGAUGAAUGCUGAAUCUAGCUGCCUGCCUUCUAGCUCCUUCCACCAGGCUACCUACCCUCCCAACCUCUACCUGCCUACCCCCUACUCCCUUGUUCCCAGGCAGGGCAAAAAGGCCAGGGCCCUGGGCUCUAUGCAGAGGCCAUGGCCUCCGCCCUCCCAGAAGACCCCCUCUGUCCCUGCUACCUCUUGGAAGGCUGCAUUCACCCUUGACCAGUCCCAGAAGGUCUCAGCUGAAUGUGCUCCAUUUCAGAAGGCCCCAGCUGGACCCGCUGCUCUCCAGAAGAUCCCGGCCAUACCUGCCCCAUCCAGGAAGACCCUAUGUCUACCGGAUACUCCCAAGAAGACCAUGUCUCAUCUUGUCCCAAAGCAGAAAUCUCUGUUCCUACCUACCCCAUCCCAGAAGGCUCUGAGCUCCGCCACCCAGUGCCAGAUGACUUCAGACCCUGCCAGUUUGGCCGUGUUGUCUGCGGGAAGUUGUGUUGGGAAUGUGCUUGAGAGAAGCCAGCCUGAGGGGAAGACAGAGCCAUUGAUGCUGUUGGGCACCCAGGAGAUGGAGGUCAUGGAGGUGCGGGCCCAGAAAAUGUCCCUGGAGCUGCCCUUCAACACCACCAAGAAAGAGAUGAAAGAGGUCAAGAUCAGCAAAGCCCAGGAGAUCACCCUGGAUGGCUUGAAGGGCAAGGGCAAGCUGGAGGACAAGGUCCUCAGCAUGAAGGAGGAGAAAUUUGUGGACAUGCCCAGCCUCAAGUCCAGGGUAAUGGGGCAGCUGAAGAAGUGGGUCAAGAUCAAGGAGCUAGCCGUGGAGGGAGCCUCACAGAAGCAAAGAAGGCCCCUCUCUGUGGAGGAGCUCACCAUCACCAAGAUGAUGAUCCUGGCCAAUUCCAAGGAGGAGCCCUUGAGAUCAAGACCGCUCAGCCUGCCACCCUGGUUCUUGAACCCCCAGGUGUCUGCCACGUCAACAAUGGGCUCAGAGUCUCUCAACCCCAGAGAGGUGGUCAUGUUGGAGGGGACACCCGUGGUGUUCAGAGAGCGGUCCCAGUUGGGCCCCUGUGCGAAGGGGAGCGCGGGCCCACGGGUGGAGGAGACCGUGCAUCCACCGGCAGAGGUAGAGGCAAAGAAGCUGCCCUCAGACCAGAGGGGUCCUUCCAAAGUGCGCCUCCGCUCCAAGCGUGCUCCCAGAAGCCCACGGAAGGAGACAGUCUACCAGGAACCCAUCCCUCUGCCCGCAACGACGUGGGAGGAGGUUCAGUCACCCAUCUUGCCGAGCCCCAUCUCAUUGAUGGAGGCCAGGAGGUCCCAAAAGCCUAACAGAGAAUCUCAAGAGACCAUGGAGAUGCCGGACCAGGGCCCCCUGGCCAAGACGGGGUCGUCCUUGGAGAUGCUCGGGCCCAAGAUCUUGGGAAUGAAGAAUUUGAGGAACAUGGCCAACAAGAUAGAGAAAAAGAAAAAGCUGAGUAUCCUCAAACCUUGGCCCAGGUAUUUGGGGAGAAAGGACCUCUGGAGUUAUCAGCAAGAAGGUGGGGACAAAGACUUGAAUGGGGAGCUGCGGGCUCAGCACAUGUUAGACAUCGAGAAGCCCCCCAAGGGGCGAUGGUCCACGCCGCCCUUCGACCCGCGCUUCCCCAACCAGAACCAGACCCGCAACUGCUACCAGAACUUCCUGGGUGAGCCCUCGCGGGCAGAGUAG